AACAAUGAAGAUAUUUUGUCUCCUCGGGUUGGUUACAGCCGUACUGGCUGAUCCUGCUGUCCAGCGAUUUGAUGGGGAGAAAGUAUUCCGCCUGAAGCCAACAAAUGACCAAGCUCUGUGGUUCGUGAAAGGUCUGGCCGAUUUUGCAAAGGUUGACUUCUGGCAACCUGACUCCAUUGACCAAGUGACUGUAGGCGUGGACGUGGAUUUCCGAGUGGGUGCUCAGGACGUAGUGAAGGUUCAGAAACUGCUGGAGCAAAGUGGACUGGAAUAUGAAGUUUUAAUUGAAGACCUUCAGGAAACGAUUGAAAAACAACUUGAUAAUAAGGAACGAUCAGCUUCUUUGCACAGUUACGUAAAAUACAACGAUUUGGAUACGAUCAAUGCUUGGAUGACAAGUACCGUAUCUAGGCACUCAAACCUAAUGUCGCUUACGGAAAUUGGAACCAGCUAUGAAGGAAGGUCGAUCUAUGUCAUCAAGAUUGGCAAGAAAACAAACCAACCUAAACCUGCAAUCUUCAUGGACUGCGGUAUACAUGCUCGGGAGUGGAUUUCUCCAGCGUUUUGCCAGUGGUUUGUGAAAGAGGCUACCAGUACCUAUGGAUCUGAUCCCAUCAUGACCAAAGUUCUGGAUACCAUGGACUUCUUUGUUGUGCCCGUCAUUAAUGUUGAUGGUUAUGCCUUCACCUGGUCUAAUAAUCGCAUGUGGAGAAAAACUCGCUCCAGAACAUCUGGAAGUUAUUGCAGAGGAGUUGACCCGAACAGGAACUGGGAUGCUGGAUGGUGCACUGUCGGGGCUUCCAGAAAUCCCUGUGACGAGACGUACUGUGGUCCUCGAGUCGAAUCCGAGAAGGAGGUUCAGGCUGUUGCAAACUUCAUCCGUCUCCAUAAAGAAAGCAUUAAGGCUUACCUCACUAUGCAUUCGUACUCUCAGAUGUGUCUUUUCCCUUAUUCCUACACUUAUGAUUUAGCGGCAAACCACGAUGAGCUGAAUAACAUUGCUAAAGGAGCGAUUCGUAAGCUGGCCAGCCUCUAUGGGACACAAUAUACCUACGGCCCAGCAGCUACCACCAUUUAUCUUGCAGCUGGAGGUUCAGAUGAUUGGGCCUACGAUCUGGGUAUUAAAUACUCCUUCACCUUUGAACUCCGUGACACUGGCCGAUAUGGCUUCCUGUUACCUGAAUCUCAAAUCCAACCAACGUGUGAAGAAACCAUGUUGGCCAUUAAAUACGUGGCCGAUUAUGUCAUCAACAAUCUGUAUUGAAAUAUGGGCCUGAAGAAUGCAUUAAAAUAAAGAA